AUGGCCAAUGUAAUACCCACUGUCGACGGAAUUCCUGUCGUUAAGCUCUCCUCCGCGCAGCAGCAGCAGCAACAACCCCCGUUGGCCGAUGCCGAUGUAAAGCCGCUCGAAACGGCCCGUGAUGCUAUCGGCACGGCCCCGUCCCGGUGGUGGCUCCGCACCUCGGCCGUUUGGUGGAGGUCACUGCAGUAUGUGGGCAUGACACUGCACUUUUUAGCGCCGCAACGCCCCCCGAGUCCUGCAUUCACAAAAACCAUUCGCUCGACCAUAUCCAAAACCAAGGGCGAGUUAACGCUGCAGUUCUACACACCUGAGGGAUACGACACGGCAGCCAAAACCGGCACAAAAUUCCCUGCCGUCGUCAACUUCCACGGCGGCGGCUUCACCAUCGGCAACGGCACCGACGAUGCCCGGUUCGCCCGUUUCGUUCUCGAGGAGUGCAACGCCGUCUUCGUCAGCGUGGACUACCGGUUGAGCCCUGAAUACCCCUUCCCCGUGGCAGUCGAGGAUUCCACGGACGCCCUACUCUACCUGAUUCAGUCCGGGCCCGACCUCCACAUCGACCCCCUCAAGCUCGCCACAUCCGGCUUCUCGGCCGGCGCCAACCUCUCCCUCACAUCCACCCUCCGCCUCGCCGACCACCUCACAACCCUGAAACAAUCCAACACCCCGGUCCCCACCCACCAAAUCCGCGCCGUCGCCGCAUGGUACCCCGUCACGGACUACACCCAACCGCGCGCCGCCAAGCGCGCCGCCUCCGUCCGGCCGGACCAAGCGCUCCCGGAAACGCUCACCGCGCUCUUCGACGCAUCCUACCUGCAACCGCCCACCCUGCAGCUCGCCAACCCCUACCUUUCCCCCAGCCGGGCCACCGACGCCCAGCUGGCCGCGGCCCUCCCGCAGACGGUCGUCAUGUACACGUGCGAGUACGACAUGCUGAUGCGCGAGGGCGAGGCGCUGGCGGCGCGGCUCGGGCGCGCGCCGAUUGGGAGGGAUGUGAGGUAUAAGAUGGUGGCCGGGGUGCCGCAUGGGUGGGAUAAGUCGCCGGAUCCGACCAAGGUGGCGGCGGGGUCGGAGGAGUUGUAUCGUGAGUGUUGUGGGUACUUGAGGGAGGCCUUUGAGGCGGCGUGA